AAAUAGAGGGCCAAAGGUGGUAGAUGCAUGAGCCUCUAACACCACCACAACUCCAACACAAUUAAAUUCGUCUCUCUAUCUUUCUCUUUAUCUCUCUCUUCUGUUCAAUAACAAAAUCCAGAACUACAUGAGACCUUGUUUUCACUUACCACCUUCUUAGAGGAGAAAAGUAAAACAUUCACGAUAUGGUGAGCUUACGAAGACGUAGGCUAUUGGGUCUUUGUUGUGGACCAAAUGGUUAUGUGACGCCACUUCCAUUUUUAACUGCUGAGGAGAUGAUCACUGGGAUUCCAAAUCCUAAUGCCAAAUCAGCUUAUAAUCCCGGGCCAGCAGAAACGUUUAAAACGGCUAUAGAGAAAAUGGCUAUUGAAGAAAGGAGCCGAAUAACUCGGUCGAAACAUAUGCAUUUCAGGUCUGAUUACUCAGAUAUCUCACCGGUUAAUUCCGAUUCCAUCUCACCAAAAUACCAGCCGCCGAAACGAAGAAAGCAGCAUAGAAGAAAGCGAGUACAUAACCAAGAACCAUGUUUGAUGAGAGGAGUCUACUUCAAAAACAUGAAAUGGCAAGCCGCCAUUAAAGUCAAGAAGAAACAAAUCCACUUAGGCACUUUCUCUUCACAAGAAGAGGCUGCUCGUUUAUAUGAUAGGGCUGCUUUCAUGUGUGGGAGGGAACCAAACUUUGAGAUCUCGGAAGAAGAUAAACGAGAUCUUAAACAGCGAAGCUGGGAAGAGUUCUUGGAUUGCACACGCCGAACAAUUACAAACAAAAGUAAGGUUUUACUAACAAUAAAAUGUAGUAUAUUUUGUUUGAUAACCUUUUGGUGGACUCUCUGGAUAUGCAGAACCAAAGAUUAGGAUAGACCAUGAGGAUAAGGAGAUCAAUGCGAGCAUGCCACAUCAACCAGAAGAAGAAGAGCAAGACUAAGACCAAAUGUGAUAAAUUGUGCCAAAGAUACAACCAGAGUCAUAUACAAAGACCAAAUGUGAUAAAUUGUGCAAAAGAUACAACCAGACUCAUAUACGGAGAUAAUUAUUAUUCAUCAAAAGAAUAGUAAUAUAUAUA